UCUCCUCGCCCCAUCUCCAAAAUCCAACUCCACCCAAAGUCGAGUCGAAGCCGAGAUCCAAAUCCAGUUCCUCCUCGCCACCGCCACCCCGAUCCGAUCCACCUCCUCCUUGAUCCGGCGCGGCGCGGCGCGAUUCGGGAUCUGCUCCGCCGCCCCUGACAAACCCUAGCCAGCCACCGCCCUCUCCGGCCGCCGGGGCCCCAUCCUCGGAGGAGAUCAGCGGAUGGCGUCCGACUCCGACGACGCCGACUUCUUCGACAAGCUGGUCGACGACGACGACGACCAACAGGCGCCCCCCGCUGCCUCCGCGGCCGAGGACCUCGCGUCCCUCACCCUAGCCGACGACGACGACGACGAGGACGGCGCCGGCACGGGAGUAGCGCCCGCGCCCGAGCCCGAGCCCGCGGCGGCCCCUCAGGCCGCCCAGGCUGAAGCCCCGGCUGACGCUGCAGAUCCUCCUCCUCCCCUACCUCCCCAGGCCAAGGUCGAAGCCCCCGUGGCGCCGGCCCAUGAUGCUGAGUUGAAGGCGGCGGUAGUGCCCCAUGACGCUGAGGUUCUGGCCCCUGUGCUGCCGCCCCAUGACGCCGAGGCUCUGGCCGCUGUGUCGCCCAAUGAGGCCGAGGCUCUGACCGCCGCGGCGCCCUACGACGCCGAGGUUCUGGCCGCUGCGGCGCCCCAUGAGGCCGAGGUUCUGGCCGCCACGGCAGCGCCCACUGACGCUGAGGUUCUGGCCGGUUUACCCGAGGUGAAGGCCACAGCAUCCGACCCGAAGGCGGAGACCGCAGCGGCGCCAGAGGGCGGGUCGCCCGGGUCGGGGAAGAGCGUCCGGACAACCACGGUCAAGCAGGUGCAGUGGAGCGUCUUUGGCGCCGACGCCGGGGCAGAUCCGUUCGGGGACUUCCUGGCGGGUGGCGGCGACGAGGACACGUUUUUCGGAGCUGGCGUGGCCGCGGUCCAGCCUUCAGCUGUUGUCGGUGCCAGCAGUGUCGGCGCUGACGAUCACAGCUUCUUCAGUGGAGUGGGUGGCAAUACCGCCAGUUCGCAGCUGGACUGGGGAACUAGUGCGGCGGAUGGUAGCGUUAGCGAGGAUGCCUUUUUUGGAGUGCAGGGUUCGGCUGCAGAUAGUGCUGGAGCAGCGGAUCAGAGCUUCUUCGGUGGAGUGGAUGGCAAUGCCAGCUCGCAGUCGUAUAUGGGUGCUACUGUUGCGGAGUCGGCAAAUCAGGACACCAAUGCACAGUCGGACUGGACCAGUGGGGCCGUGGACUACACGGAUCCCAACUAUCUGAAUAAUCCGUACCCUGGCUGGAGUUACGACGGGGCAACAGGGCAGUGGUAUCAAGUAGCUACUCAGGGCGUUGCUGAUAAUGGCGAUGCGGCGAUGGUCGCUGGCAGCGACAAUGUUCAGCAGCAGCAGCAGCACCUUGGUGGUUCGUACCUGCAGAACUCUUCGCAGGCAGGGCUGGAGACCAUCGCGGAGGAGGGCAGCACCACUGCCGUCAGCUGGGGCCAGGAUCAGAGCAGUGCAGCGACAGCAGAGUACCCACCAAACAUGCUGUUCUAUGCUGACUACCCUGGAUUUUACUUUGACACCAACACUCAGGAGUGGUACACGCUCGAGGCAUACCAGCAAGCUGUCGCACAAGCUGCAACUGCGGCAUCAACUUCCUCUGGGGCAGGUCAAAAUGUUAGUCAUGCCGGGAAUACUCAGGCAAGUAAUUAUGAUCAGCAGAGCCAAUGGCAGCAUGGUUCGGUGGUUAACAGCGUACAUUCUGGGAGCUCCUACGGUUCCCAUCAGCAUGUUGAGAAUCAGACUAAUCAGCAGGCAUAUACUGAGUCUUUGAGACCCUCUACGGACUAUGGCACAACUAUCAACACAUUCAUGCCUUCGCCGGAACCCUCUACUGAUUAUCAGACUAAUAUUAACACAUUUGUGCCUUCUACAAGUCAACACAAUAAUGGUGGUUGGGGCCACCAGGUUAGUAACAAGGGUUUCGAACCUACUGGUUAUCAGGCUGCUCACUAUGGUUUUGAACCGCAGAAAAGCAGUCAAAGUACUAUCAGCACAUUUAUGCCUUCCACGAGUCAAUACAGUGGUGGCGGUGAGGGCAACCAGGUCAGUAACAAGGGUUUUGAACCUACUAGUUAUCAAAGUGCUCACAAGGGUUUUGAACCGCAGAAAAGCAGUCAGAGUACUAUCAACACAUUUAUGCCUUCUGCAAGUCAAUACAGUAAUGGUGGUGAGGGGCACCAGGUUAGUAACAAGGGUUUUGAACCUACUAGCUAUCAGAGUGCUCACAAGGGUUUUGAACCAUAUAAAAGCAAUCAAAGUAUUUCUACUAGCAAUGACAAUGGUAACAAGGGAACUGAAGUUUCAGUUGCUCAUCAGGGGUUUAAACCUUUCACUAACAACCAGAGAAGCACAGGAUUUAUACCUUCUGCAGGUUACCAGAAUUCCCAAAAGGAAUUUGAACCUUCUAAAGAUAAUCAAGCUCAUCAUGUAGCAUUUGAACCUUCAGCAAGCCAUGGUUAUGCGAAUUCGAAUGGCUUUGCCGAGCCACAGAAAAGUGUUCCUGUAGCGAGCGUGUUCCAGAUGCAAACACACACUGAUCCUGCCACACACAUGCAAUUACCAAACAACUAUUUGAGCAGGGAGAACUCUAUGAGCUUUUCUCAGCAGCUACCUUCAUCUCAACAGCAUGGUUACUCCCCUCACGUGGAGAGGUCGUCAGCUGGACGCCCACCACAUGCUCUUGUUGCAUUUGGCUUUGGUGGGAAGCUAGUUGUUAUGAACGAGACCAGCUCAAUGACUGCAAACUUUGACAGUGGAAAUCAGGGCAAUUCUCGUGGCAUGUUGUCAAUUCUCAAUAUAUCGGAGAUUGUUGCUGAUAAAAUUGAUCAGCCAAGCAUCAAUAAUGGUAGUGCACUGAGCUACUUCUAUGCUUUGUGUCGUCGACCUAUUCCUGGCCCCCUCGCUGGUGGAAGUGCUGCAGCAAAGGAUGUGAAUAAAUGGCUUGAUGAUAUUAUUGGAAGCUAUGAGUCUUCCGUCAGGGAAUUCCAAGGAGGGGAAGUUCAGAAGCUGCUUAUUUCAUUGCUUAAAAUAUCAUAUCAACACUAUGGAAAACUUCGGUCACCCUUUGGACCUGAUCCAUCGCGUGAGGGUAUGGAUGGUCCAGACACUGCAGUAACAGCUCUUUUUUCAGCAUGUAAUAGUAAUAGUGCCCAUACGAGGGAAUAUGGAGCCAUGGCCCAUUGCAUGAAAAAUAUUCCCCCGGAAAGCCAGAUACAGGCUACUGCUCAAGAAGUUCAAAAUCUUCUAGUUUCUGGUAAAAGGAAAGAUGCUCUUCAGUAUGCACAGGAAGGUCAGCUUUGGGGACCUGCAUUGAUACUUGCUUUACAACUUGGUGAUAAGUUUUAUGCGGAUACUGUGAAGAAAAUGGCUUGCUGUCAUUUUGUAUCUGGUUCACCUUUGAGGACAUUGUGCCUUCUUAUCGCUGGACAACAGGCCGAUGUUUUUAGCGCUGAGGACCCUGUCGAUGUGAAUUAUGGCACAAGACAGCAACAGCCUGCAGGGGGUACUCCUGUGGGCAUGCUGGAUGACUGGCAACAAAAUUUGGCUAUUAUAACUGCAAACAGGACUAAGGGAGAUGACCUUGUAAUUACUCACCUUGGGGAUUGCCUUUGGAAAGAGAAAAAUGAGGUUGCAGCUGCUCAUUCAUGCUAUUUGGUUGCUGAACUAAAUAUUGAUUCCUACUCUGAAAGUGCAAGAAUAUGUUUGCUUGGAGCAGACCACCUGAGAUGUCCUCGCACAUUUACGAGCCCUGAAGCUAUCCAGAGAACGGAGUUGUAUGAAUAUGCGAAAGUUCUUGGUAAUUCUCAGUAUAUCCUCCUGCCAUUUCAACCAUAUAAGCUUAUAUACGCAUACAUGCUUGCGGAGGUUGGGAAGGUCUCUGAUUCACUAAGGUACUGUCAAGCAUCUUUGAAGCUGCUGAAAGCCUCUGGUCGUGCGCCCGAACUAGAAGCAUGGAAGCAACUGUUUUCAUCUUUGGAGGAGCGGAUACGCACCCACCAGCAGGGUGGAUAUGGCACAAAUCUUGCUCCUUCAAAGAUUGUUGGAAAGAUUUUCUCAUCGUUUGAUAAAUCCUUGUCCCGCAUGAUGGGUACACAACCUGCACCAGUGCCGCCAUUAUCACAGAGCUCCUCUGUUGACAGAGAUACCUAUUCUGCUCCUCCAGCUAAUAAUUUUGUAAAUAGUCAGUCAGCGAUGCCUAUGUCAUCUUCUGCUUCAGAGCAGUUUGUGAGUGCAAUGGCAGAAGAUAGUGGCCCUGAUAGGAAAGGCACACAUAACAGAAGUGUCUCUGAACCAGAUUUUAAGAGACAACAGGGUGGUGGAUCAGAUAAUGCACAAAGCUCAUCAGGUUCAGGCAGUUCGCGUUUUGGAUGGUUGCUGCAGAAAACUGUAGGACUUGUCUCAAAAUCAUCUUCCAACCAGGCAAAGUUGGGGGAACAGAACAAUUUCUACUUUGAUGAGAAUCUGAAGCGCUGGGUUGAAAGAGGCGUCGAGGUCCCCGCCGAGGAGCCUCCCCUUCCUCCACCUCCAACAACAGCCUCAUUCCAGAACGGUGGUCCAAAUUACAAUCGGGCAGCCCCUAGCACUGGAGGUUAUACUCCUAACGGGUUUAUGGAGACGAAACCUCCAAAUCCUGCUGAGCCUAUUUCAGGGAUGCCACCGAUACCACCUGGCCAGAAUCAGUUCUCAGCACGUGCGAGAGCAGGUGUUAGGUCAAGAUAUGUUGACACAUUUAACAAGGGCGGCGGUGGUGGUGGUGGAAAUGCCUUUGGAGCACCAUCAUACAACAAACCUGCCAUGCCAGCUGUGAACAAGCUGCCUGGUACUAGUUUCUUCGUCCCGACUCCAGCUGUCGACGCAUCAAUGCAGAUGACUCCAGAGCCAACAGCUGAAACUGCACAUCAGGACGGGCCAUCUUCCUCGCAGGCUGUGGAGUCAACCUCCUAUGCAUCCCCGCCGCCACCUAUGCAAGUGCAAUCGAGCUUCCAGCGGCACUCGAGCAUGGAAAACAUCAUGACCCCCUCGGGCAGUGGCAACAGCUCGUUCUCAAAGUCACGUGCAGCGUCCUGGAGCGGGACAUACCCAGAGCAGCCAGGCAGCACCCCUGCCUCAAGAUCACCAGACUUGCAGGCGAUGCAGUCGCCGCCCUUCAUACCUGGACUGAGACCAUCCCACAGCCGCUCCCACAGCAACUCGUCCCUCCAGCUCAACGGUCUGGCAGACGAUCUCCAGGAGGUAGCGCUCUGAUGAAACAAGGGAAUUAGUUGAAGACGAGGUGCGUUAUUCGUCCUGUAAGCAGUCAAUCGCGUCACCACCUUCUUUCUCAUAGUUUGUUCUGUAUAUUUAAUAUCCGUGAUAUAUAUGUCUAGAGAGGUACAAAAGGAGCGGUGUCCCUUUUUCUUUUCUUUUUGCAUGAGAAGCGUGUGGAUGCCAUUGUACAGAUAGAGUUUCACCCAUUCAAAGCCAGAAGAUGAAGAAACUAAUAAUUACCCAGGGAGGGAGGAGAGUUGUAGUAACUUGUUAAGAUAGCAAGAAAAGAAGUGUGCACAGACUAGGUACAUUUCCCCCUGCCUUUUAGAUCCUUGAUUCAUUGCAUUAUGUAAACUUGACAGUUUGAAGCCAAUAAUUACUUGGGGCUGUUCGGUGAC